AUGGCUACCCAGCGGGCAUACAGGGCAGAGACACCCGCACACCCCGACCACCUGUGGAUCUGGGAGAAGCACGUGUACUUGGAUGAAUUUCGCCGAAGCUGGCUGCCCAUAGUCAUCAAGAGUAGCGGAAAAUUCCAGGUGAUCUUGCGCCAGGAAGAUGUCGCCUUGGGGGAAGCUAUGACCCCCAGUCAGCUGAAGCCGUACGAGCUGCCUUUGAUGUGGCAAUUGUACCCCAAGAAUAGGUACCGAAGCUGUGACUCCAUGUACUGGCAGAUCCUGUACCACAUCAAGUUCAGAGACGUGGAGGACAUGUUACUUGAACUGGUAGACCCUGAUGAUGAAUGA